ACUACUAAAAAUUCAUGUAAAUACCACCCCGGAAUACCAGAGAAAAUACGAAUUCUCGAUGUCGCCGAAAACGAAAUACAAAAGGAGAUGAACGACUAGUCAGUGUCAAUUCAUGUUACAGUUUCCAUCACAGGCGACACUCUGAAGUUUGAAAAUCACCUAACUUCAUCGAAUUCGAAAGUCAAAGGAAUUGGCUUGCAGUGAUUUUGGAUUCGCAGUGCAUAUGCAUAUGGAGAGCGAUUGAUUUACGUAAAACUUUUAUUAGUCCGAUCCGAUACCAUGGUGGAGAAGUGAAAUUUUUUUUUUUUUAAUUUCUAGAAAGUUUCAACUGGAUGGUGGGAGUCGCCAUGGAUUUAUCUGGUUCCGAUAAUAGCUCAGACUCCAUUGGAAGUCCUACUUGUCCUAGUGGAUCUUUCGAGAAACUUUGGGGGACAGAAUCGGCUCUGAUGCGAGGACUAAAAGAUGGUUCCCUAGCUGGUUUGACUGAUCUAGUCCAUGACAAAGAUGUGGCAGCUAAGGCAGUGGCAUUUGUCGUCAACAGCAGCAGGAGAGGAAUAGUUCCUUUGUGUGCUGAUGUGGCUGCUAUUUUGAGAAAUAAACUCAAGUUAGAGCGGACGAUCGAGAAGCAGCGUGCGGAAAUCCAGAGACUGAAAAAGAGCGGGGCAAGUCUCAGUGGCAGGACAAGUAGGUCUACUAGCCCCACCCAUCCUCACAUAGAUAUGCAGAUGUUGUCAAGGCAAUCUAGUGCUAGAUUAAAGAAACCUGCCGAGUCGCCCCUGCUGAGUUCCCCAUGCAGCCCGUGUUCCUCGCCCCGCUCCCCAUCGCCACCCCUCCCCAACUCCUUGGAGCUCUCCAGUGCUUCAUGUGGAUCUUUGGCAGAUGUCCCAUCGAUGCCCCACCCUCAAGAGUCACCAGUAGAGGAUGGGGAGCCCCACCCAAUAUCAUCAUCAUCAACUCUCUUGCCCAACCAACGUCUUGUGCUGGCUGAAGUCCAUAGAGUGCCAAGUGUUACCAGCAUACAGAGUGAUGUCCAUUCACACGCCUCAACAUUAGAAAGGAGGUCAAUUGAGACUCAGAGUUUACCUUCAGAAGUGCCAGAAGGUGAUAUGUGUCUUCAGCAGCAGUACCAAGAAGCUUGCCAAGCGAGGGAAGCUCUUGAGAAUGAACUCCUGAGAGUCAGAGCCGAGCUGGAAGAGGUCAGACUGGGGUCGAAAGUGAAAGAAUGGUCACCGGGAGACAAAGAGACGGGAGGAGUGUGUGGAUUUCAGAUUGAAAACGAGAUGUCUCCAACUCCACUACUGAAGAGAAGUCGGAGUCACAGCAUCCAAGGGAUUUCCGAAGUACCCCACCCACCCUUAUCACCAACACAUGAUAAACAGAAUGACGGACUUCCACCUAUAGCAAGCCCCAGACAGGUCAGUCCUAGGAAUCCAGACCCAACUAGUCCUAUCAAUAGAGGAGAUGGGAUUAGCAGCACAAGAACCAACAAAACGGAGAACAACCAGAACAACCUGACUGUGAGACUUGAAGACCAUGUGUUGAUUAAAGGAGAGAGGACUGGCUUUGUCAGGUUUAUUGGCCACCUAGAAAAGAGUUCAGUACCAAAUACUGUAUUUGUUGGACUUCAUCUAGAUGCUCCAGUUGGGAAGCAUGAUGGGAUGGUCCAUGGUGUAAGAUAUUUCUGGUGCCCAAGAAAUCAUGGGAUCUUCGUUCCUGUCAACGAUAUCUUAGCAGUGAUCAACAGAAAGCCACUCAAAAGGACAAAGACUGCAGAUACGAAGCGUAAAGGCUCUUCCCGUGGGGGUGUUGGAGCAGGGGUGUUUCCUACCAGUGGGUACGAUAGAGGGGAGAUGAAGAAAACAAGACCCGGUCACGCUCGGAGGCUAAUAUCAGCAGACAGUUCAAUGCUGCCCUCAACUCAUAAAAACAGGGACCAUACUCUAUCAACUUCAUGACAGUGUCUUUCGCCAGAGCAAUAUCGACUCCUCUCUACACAGUCUCUUCAUUUUACAACUAACAUCCGUUCCCAUGGUAACAUGUCAACCGCUGUUUUCCAUAGCAUCGUUUCAGGAGUUUUCCAAUGCCCUCCAUUUCUGUCAAGUAGAGAAAGAAGUCAAUAGAAAUCAAAAGUAGAACACAGGCAUGCAAUUUUGACCUCCAGUUCAGUGUUUGCAGAGAGUCUGUUUCGACCAUCGUUGCAUGUAGGCUGCACCCACAGACUUUUCAAGAUUCUCUCUUCCACAAAUACUGCAGGCGUUACAUCGGCAAUCAUGGUACAGAAAGGGUGAGGUGAAUCAGAAAGCAGGUACUCUGUCAAUCAUUCAUCAUUUAUGGAAUGCUUGACUUUUGCAAAGUCUACCUUAUAUUAAACGGGACGCUGGUGUCACUUUAUGAACAAAAAAUGAUACAAUUUUUAAAACUGAAUAUUGAAAAGGAAGAAAUUGCUCAUUUUUACAAUAUUCUCUCUUCAAAAAAUAGUCUUUGCGCAUAUAAUGCACGAGUACUUAACAUCUGAAAUUUUUAUACUUUCUUGAGUCUUUCGAACCUUCAGCUUUUUGUGAAUAUAUAUCUGUAAAUAUAUGAACCUUUUAUGUACACCUGUAUAUGAAGUUUAGCCUCCACAAUAGUGAAUCGAAAAAUC